CCUUUUGAAAGGUUGAUGUUCUUGGUGCGAACGCAGUGCUUUCCUAAACAGAGCCGUGAGACUCCGCUGCGGGUCCCGGCCAGCCCGGAACCACAAGUUGGAGCGCCGCGUUUCCUGAUGGGCCUCUUUGGCGUUCACUUCCGCACAAGGCUUUGGAAUUCUCCGGGCGCUCGGGCGGCGUAGAGCUGGGAAGGCGCUUCCGGGGCGCGUUGCCUAGGCGCCGACCCCGCCCGCCUAAAGGAGCGGUGGUAUUGGCGUCGUCCUCUCCCCGCUUCCCGGGGGUCGAGAUGUCGGGGCUCAGCGCCGCAGAGAGAGAGGGCUGUCGGAACCUGCUCGGCCUCCUGGAGAACGACGAGAUCGUGGCCCUGUGCGACACCAUCACCAACCGCCUGGUGCAGCCUCAAAACCGCCAAGAUGCCAUCCAUGCAAUAUUAGUAUACAGUCAAAGUGUAGAAGAACUUCUGAGGCGUAGAAAAGUCCACCGAAGUAUUAUAUUUAAGUACUUGGCGUCACAAGGAGUUGUUAUACCUCCAGCUACUGAAAAACACAAUCUUAUCCAGCAUGCAAAGGAUUACUGGAAAAAGCAGUUACAUCUGAAAUUGAAGGAAACACCAGAGCCAGUUAAGACCUCUGAGGACAUUAGACCCUUUCAACAGGAGGGGAAAGAAGAUAAAACUGAAAAAGUUGAUUUUCAUCGAUUAGGAGAAGAAUUCUGUCACUGGUUCUUUGAACUUCUUAAUUCUCAGAAUCCGUUUCUUGGACUACCUCAACAUGAAUGGGGGCCACAGCACUUCUGGCAUGAUGUCAAGCUUAGGUUUCAUUACAGAACAUCUGAACAGAAUGUGAUAGACUACCAAGGAGCAGAAAUUGUGAGUCUUCGUCUACUGUCACUCAUGAAGGAAGAACAUCUUUUUCUCAGUCCCAACCUUGAUUCCCAUGGAUUGAAAUGUGCUGCUUCUCCCCAUGGUCUGGUUAUGGUUGGGGUUGCUGGGACUGUCCACCGAGGGAACUCUUGUUUGGGCAUUUUUGAACAAAUUUUUGGACUCAUCCGCUGCCCUUUUGUGGAGAAUACUUGGAAAAUCAAAUUUAUCAACCUGAGAAUUAUUGGAGAGGCUUCCCUUGCUCCUGGAACAUCAAUGAAACCAGCUAUUAAAUUUGAACCAAGUGAUCUAGAGGCCUUUUAUAACAUAUCCGCUGUAUGUGGUACCAACUAAGUACAAAAUAAUGUAAAGCAGGUGGAUAGUGGAACUGGAGACCAAGGUUUGUGCAGUGGAAAUGAGGUGUUGAACAAAAGAACACUGAGUUUCAGUAAUCCUCUAAAGCGCUGAGCACUAUAUGUCAGUCUAUAUGGAAACUCUUCCAGAUACUACAUUGACAUAUUUUAGUUGAAAUAUCUCUUUUGACUACAGCUAACAUAUGUGAAUACUUGCCUCUUUCUACCUGGGCUGCAGCAAAUGUUCUGAGGGCUUAAUGCAGUUCAUCAAAUAAAUCCCACUUUAGAUGAUAUAAACGUUGUGCCUUAGAAACCAGGUAAUAUUUUCAUUUUACUGAGUAAAUAUUCUGCUAAUGUGUGUAUUCUUCAUGUGGAAAGGAAUGAUGGUGUUAAGGCUUCCCCUUGUCAAGUUUCUUUUAACAAUCUGGAAAAUUUUACAAACAUCUCAGUAUUUUAAAAAUAUGCACUUUAAAAAAAAUGCAUAUUUUAGAGAUGUUUAAUGUAAAAUCAGAGUUCUUAUUUUAGAAAACUUCAGUGACAUUCAUAUGCAAAAAGUUUAAUAAUUUAGCAGGUGUAAAAAAGUUAACUUUGCUUUCUUAAAAUUUGAGGAACAUAUUUCAAAGUUACCUACUGUAGUCCAAGUUAAAUAUCAUACCCUGCAACAUUUUCUGAACUAUUUUGGGCAUUGAUAAGUGCCCAAAACAGACUUUAUUAUCUAAUAAGGCUUUAACCAGGUUUACGGAGCAUUUAUUGUAACACCAUAUAAAGGAAACAUACUGUUGACAUUUUUGAAAAGAUGUGCCCAGUUUCUAACUUUUAGUUAGAUUACUGUUUUUCCUCUUGCUUGAUCUUGAUUGAGGUGACCAAAAAAAAAAAUUAUAAUGUAAGCAUAUACUUCCUCAUAAAUUAAAAUGAUUAGGAUUUUUCCACCUGUACUUUGUUUUACUAGAUUUGAAUUAUGAGGUUAAGUUGCCAAAUUAAUUACAUAGUUGCUUUAAAAUUUAAAUUUUUCAUCAUCCAGCAGCUAUUUGCUGAUUCUGGAUUUAGUUUGUAAUUAUGAUUUCCAAAAUGCCAUUUGGAAAAAAUUUCAACUGGGAAGUGUUGUGAUGAUGUAUUAUAUGUGUUAAUUUUUUACCUUUAACUCUGCUCAUGAUCAUCUAGGGUGACGAAAGAAUUUUGGAAGCAGGAGGAAAAACUUUUUUGUUUUUUUAAUGCCAUGCCUCUUUUUUUUUCCCUUUAAAAUAUUACAGAUGUCCCUUUUUCUCCCCAAGCCAUGCCUCUUAUGAGGAGUACAAAUUGAUGUCCUAAAAUAAAAACUUAAUAAAGGAGGGAAAUCUCUUUUGUCUGCUUUUAGAAUUAGUGCAUUGUUUAGAUUUAAAGCCAAUUUUUUUUCCUCUAAGUUGGAAGUAUCAUUAUAGCAUGUAAUUGAUAAAUAUCCUAAGUAAAGGAUAAAAACUAUUCCAUCGUUUUCUUUGUGCUGUUAAUGUCAAGUACAGCAGAAAUAUAACUGCAGAUGCUUAGGAUGAGCAGAACCUGCCUCUAGCUAUCUUUAAUACUAAAGUUUUGAAUUUGUGUAAUACUCAAGGAAAGCUGUAAUCUGCAUGCUUGUUUUAAUCACCCUUAAAAAUUCAGAAUCUUCCUAAUACACUAAAUCUCUUGAGGAUUGGGCUCUAUUUCCUGUGAAUCCCCACAGCUGUGCACAACCUUAGGCCUUAAUGUUUAACUGAAUGGGUUGAAAGAGGGAGCAAAGAAGCUUACAUUCUGUAUAAAAGACUUUUCUUUGUCUAAAUUUUUCUUUGGUGAUUCUUAUCAGCUUUUUGAUCUUAUUGUCUGUCUGAGUUUUAUAUGUGGAUACACAGAAACUCUUAGGUCCCAACCUCACUCAGCUAUUUUAACUUUCAUUUAAAAUUUGCUGAAUUUCAGAAGCCCAAGGUCAGAGUGGGAUAGAGUAGGAGGGCCCUAAGACUGCCUAGAAACUGUCAUAGGGGAAGUGGAUAUUUCCCAGUUUGGAAGAAGAAGACCUGGAGGAAUGGAAAUUUGUUCACGAAGCUUAAAAUUUGGUCAGGCUUCUAAGAAGAUCCAGAAGCCCAGUGCAGAUUGAACAUUCCUAGCUCUGUUUUCGUUUGCAAGUGGUAAGACCCCAUCUCAGCCUUAUGUCUCUUGCUUUAUUACAUUCAGCUGGUAUUUGGAAACCAGUCUUUGGAGGCAAGUGGUAAAGAGUAAAGCAUUCUACACCUAAUUUAUAGUGGUUGGGUGAUCAAACCACCGGAGCCUCUGGGCUUUAUGGCUGAUUUGCUGUAGCCUAAUAACAGGGUUUAACAUCAAGCAUCCUUUUUUUGUGAAAAUUAAAAAAAAUCUUUAAUAGUUAUAUCAGGAUAUUUUAUUAGUGUCUAGAAUGCCCCUUUCCAAAAACAUAUUUCAUGUGUCUCAUUAACAAUAUCAGAUAGAAAAAAAGCCAUUUCUAAUUUAUUAAAUCAACUUGCAAUUAGCAAACACAAGCCAGGAAAAUGUUCCUGGGUUUUCAGAAAAGUAACAUUUUUAUGCUCAAGGAAGGCUAGUUACUUAGUCCCAGUAAGAAAUUGUGAUAGCACGAGAAAAGGAUUUAAAGAACAGUGGUUUAGUUUUUAAAACAGGUAAUCAGAAACGUUGUGUUUUAACAGAAUGACUCUUAUGGCUAAGUAGAUCGUAAAAAUGAAUGAAAACCGUACCUCAACGUUUUUCUUAGUAUCUAUUUUCACAAAUUUAGAUGCCCUUCACUGGUUCUUAAUUUGGGCUGUGGGUGGUGGUCAUGGACAUUUUGAAAAAUGAGAGCUAUGUGCCCUCUCCCCAGAAAAAGUAUGUCAUAUAAUAUUACAAUUGUUGCAUAAUAUUUCACUGAGUUCUUGGAUUUUCUUAAAGCACAUCUGUGACUCCUAUAGGAAUUCUUAUACUCCAUGUUAAAAUCCUGCCAUAAUAGCUGUAUUUUCCCCCAGACUACUCUACUAUAUUAAAAAUUAAAAUUGUUUAUUGUUUUUAGAAAAUUUGUGCCCUUGCCAGUCUCACAGCUAGAGUACUAAAUCUUAUAAAUGAUCUCUAGGAAAUCUGUUAAUGAUAGUUGUUAAUGUGUAAAUUUUGUUUUUCAAAAGAUGUCAGAUUUAAGACAAAACCUACUGAAAUACUGUCAAGUAAAAAAAAAAAACCCGUAAAAAUCAGAAUUCAUUUUAUUUCAGCAAGAUAAAUUUAAUGUACAAUGAACGUGCUUUGGAGAAAGUGAUAAAAAUGUGAAAAGGAAAAAUAUUUUUGAAAAUAUAUUUUCAAGACCUUUACAAAAACUA